AUCUUCCUGUCUUCCACUGAGAUGUACACUCUGCAGCCCCAGUCCUAGUUCAAAGCUCGGGGUUCGUGUUUGCUGGCUCGCCAUGGCAGUCCAACCAGACAUUUAUUAUCUGAAGCCCAACAAGCAUUGUCCCAACAGCGACCUCCCUGUCCUGAUCUAUCGUGACUGUCUACCCUUGCCCUUCUCCGAGGCCACCACGACGAGAUUUUUGGAGGCUCACGCGUGGGUCAAGAAGGGGACCUGGGGUCACAUAGGCACGCGCCAUUUCCAUCCCAACACGCAUGAGUGUUACGGAGUGUUUCAAGGCGAGUCUGUCAUCCUGGUUGGGUGCGGAUGCAAGGAUGUCGGUGGAGGCGAGGAGAUAGAAGUUCGGGCGGGAGAUGUCAUCGUGCUGCCGGCCGGCACUGGCCACUGCAGCGUUCAGUCGAGCCAGGACUACAGAUAUAUCGGCGUGUAUCCGGAGGGCGCUCCCAAAUGGCGGAACGAGUUGGGCAAAGAGGCAAUCGACCUGGCUGAGUUUCGGAGGGAAACGACGGCGGUUGCACUGCCCAAGGAAGACCCAGUCCAUGGGCCCGGAGGACCGCUAUUGACUCUAUGGAAGACGGCGCAGAUGUGAUUUACAAGUUUCCAAAAUCCCACCAGCCCGAAUUGGGUCCGCUGCGAUCAUAGAACUGUGUCCACGGAUCGUAGGUAAUGUUCGCAUCGUCUGGUCCCCACGACCAGUUGGACAACUCUGGAAGGUUUUCGAUUUGCCAUCGCUGCUGAUUCUCCGCCCGUGCUGCUUCAGCCUGCUCUGCCUGGGCCUCCGGUGGCGACCCGGCGAUUUCCUCGAUGAGCCCUGCCGACGUCGGUGCUGCGGGCUGCGGCGAGAACCAAUCUGGCGGCGGGGCAUAGUGCCCUGUAGUGUUGUGGACGUCUGAUGGCAUGGCAUGUAUAUCUGGAUUCACCACGGUGGUAUCCUCCCAGCUAGCACGUCGGGAUCGUACGUGUCCCACGAAGUCUGAAUGGAACAGUCCUUCGCCCGAGAAUGAAGAGCCUUGAGGUGCCGCAAAGUCCAGG